AUGGAUCACAAUAUUCACUCAUAUUCAACUCUGCAUUUGCUCAUUGAAAACCAAAAAAAGAAAAAGAAAAGAGAAAACAAAGACGCUCAUAAUCAUUCCCAUUCACCCUUCAACAACUCAUUCACCGGUUCCGACACUCUAAGCAAUAGACAUUCGCCCAGGGUGGCGGGCAGGGCCUCGGUUGAAGCCCGCUCUGAGCAUCCGGCUCUCGAGAACAAGCUCACUCUCGUCAAAGUAGCGAGUCACGAGAUCACUCAUGUCACGCUCAGCAAGCCCAUCCUCGAAAUCCCGCUCCUCCACAUCGCGGAAGAGGAGCUUCAGAGCCCCCUUGGCAACCUUGCCCACGCCCUUUGCAACACCCUUGGCGCUGAUCUUGCGCUCUUCAAGGUCACGCUCGUCGAUCUCAGUCUCAUCGAAGAAUCGGGCGGCAAGCUCCUCCUCAUCGAAGUGACGGGCGAAGAGCUCAUCAAUGUCGCGCUCAUCCAGAUCGUCGCGCUCGGAGAGAUCACGGAAGAGGAGCUUCAGGGCUCCUUUUGCGACCUUUCCAACACCCUUGGCGACACCUUUGGCAGUGAUCUUUCGUUCCUCGAGGUCGCGCUCCUCAAUUUCGGAGUCAUCGAAGUAUCGGGCAGCGAGCUCCUCAAAGUCACGCUCGUCAAGCUCUUCCAGGUCACGCUCAUCGAGCGCGUGAAGGUCACGGAAGAAGAGCUUCAGGGCUCCCUUGGCGACCUUGCCAACGCCCUUGGCAACACCUUUGGCAGUGAUCUUGCGCUCUUCAAGGUCUCGCUCCUCAAGUUCGCCGAGAUCACGCUCAUCAAGUUCCUCGAAGUCGCGCUCUUCGAUCUCCUCGAGGUCACGGAAGAACAGCUUCAAGGCACCCUUGGCGACCUUGCCGACACCCUUGGCCACACCCUUGGCGGUGAUCUUGCGCUCCUCAAGGUCACGCUCAUCAAGCUCGGUCUCAUCAAAGUACCGGGCAGUGAGCUCCUCCUCGUCGAAGUAGCGCUCAACGAGCUCCUCGAGGUCCCGCUCCUCAAGUUCGUCAAUAUCACGCUCCUCGAUGUCGCGGAGCAGGAUGUUGAGGGCACCCUUGGCGACCUUGCCGACGCCUUUGGCAACACCUUUGGCGGUGAUCUUACGCUCCUCGAGGUCACGAGCAGCAAGCUCCUCUGCCUCGUCAUAGUAGCGAGCGAUGAGUUCCUCGAGGUCUCGCUCGCUGAGUUCAUCAACAUCCCGCUCCUCGACGUCACGGAAGAGGAGCUUCAGGGCACCCUUGGCGACCUUGCCAACGCCUUUAGCAACACCCUUGGCGGUGAUCUUACGCUCCUCGAGGUCACGAGCAACAAGCUCUUCCUCGUUAUAAUAACGAGCGAUGAGCUCCUCGAAGUCUCGCUCGCUGAGUUCAUCAACGUCUCGCGCUUCGAGGGCACCCUUGGCGACCUUGCCGACGCCUUUGGCAACACCCUUGGCGGUGAUCUUGCGCUCCUCGAGGUCCCUCUCCUUGUGCUCGGGCUUGGAUUCGGGGGCGAGAGCAACGCUCAGCUUGCCGGACUUGUGGGCCUUCUUGCCGGAGGCAGCGCUGGCAGUAUGCUUGCCGGCCUUGUGGUGCUUUCCAGACUUGGGGGCCAGAGCAACACCGAGCUUGCCGCUCUUACCAGCCUUGUCGCUCUUGCCAGCCUUGUGGGCCGAUCCGACCUUGGGGAGCUUCUGGUUGGGCGCCAGGGCGACGCCCAGCUUGCCGCUGGGGGCUUCGGCUCUCUCCACUAG